AUGGGGCCAUGGCAGGGUGUUGAUCGACAAGCAGGACUAAAGAUCACCUGUGACAUGAAAGUGGAGAGGAUGGUACAGGAGGUGGGUGAUGAACAGAGCUGGAUUUGGCCCCUUUUAGCAUUUGCAUACCUCAUUGACUUCCCUAAGGGUGCAUACAUUUUUACUGUUAGUGUGUUGUUGAUUGACUUGUGUUAUGGUACAAUUUUCCCCAUAGUAUUCCUUCUUAAAAGAGUCACAUUCUGCAGAACCAAUAUUCUUCCACAUACAGCUUGUGAACACACUGGCUUGUCCAAAUAUGCUUGUAAUGGCCUUCAAGUAAAUAUCUGGUAUGGAUUUUUUGUUUUAAUGUCAACUGUCACUUUAGAUGUUGUGCUAAUAUUUAUUUCUUAUAUGCUGAUUCUCCAUGCUAUCUUCCGCCUCCCUUCCCAAGAUGCUCGCCACAAAGCUCUGAAUACUUGUGGGUCCCAUGUCUGUGUCAUCAUACUCUUUUAUGGUCCUGGGAUCUUCUCAACCCUCACAAAUCAAUUUGGACACCAGAUUUCAGCGGAUAUCCAUGUCCUGCUUGCCAAUGUUUGCAUUCUGGCUCCACCAAUGUUGAAUCCCAUCAUCUAUGGGGUCAAGACCAAACAAAUCCGAGACCAAGUGACUCAUGUCUUGUUUCUGAAAGUAAUAUGA